AUGCAGGAGCCCAACCAGUCCUUUGUGACUGAAUUCAUCCUUAUGGGCUUCUCCCUCAGCCCCAGGACCACUCCUCUGCUCUUCUUGGCCUUUCUGAUGAUCUACCUGUUGAUUAUUCUGGGCAAUGGCUUGAUUGCCAUCCUCAUUUGCCUGGAUUCACACCUUCAUACUCCCAUGUACUUCUUUAUUGGCAUAUUGUCCAUGUUGGACCUGGGCUACACUACUACAACUGUGCCCCAGAUGUUGGCACAUCUGGCCAGUGAGAAGAAGACAAUCCCUUUCAUGAGCUGUGUGGCCCAAAUGUACAUUUUCUUGGUGCUAGGCAUCACUGAGUCCUGGCUCUUUGCCAUCAUGUCUAUAGACAGGUAUGUGGCUAUCUGCCACCCACUCAGGUACAAGGUCAUCAUGAGCCCUUGGCUCUGUGGGGUAAUGGUCAUUUUUUGCGGACUCUGGGGUGUCAUCUCUGCCCUUGUCUACACAGUCUUUGCCAUGCACCUGCCAUACUGUGGCCACAGAAUCAACCACUUCUUCUGUGAAGUCCCUGCAGUCUUAAAGCUAGCUUGUGCAGAUACCUCAGUCAAUGACCGAGUAGAUUUCAUUCUUGGUUUCAGUGUCAUCCUGAUCCCACUUUCCCUCAUUCUUGUAAUUUAUUUCAACAUUGUCAUUGCCAUCUUAAAGAUAUGUUCAGCACAGGGGCAGCUAAAGGCGUUCUCCACCUGUGCCUCCCAUAUCACUGUGGUCACCAUGUUCUCUGUGCCAGCCAUGGUCAUGUACAUGAAGCCUGGCUCUAAGGCCUCCUCAGAAGAGGACAAGAAGCUGGCUCUAUUCUACAAUGUCAUCUCUGCCUUCCUCAACCCCAUCAUCUACAGCCUCCGGAACAAGGAUGUGAAGAGGGCUGUUCUCAGGGUGACAGGCUGGGGCAGGGCCUUAUAA